AUGGCGAAGAGUGGGAGUUUGUUCAUGUCCAUUCACUUUCUUGUUUGUUUAACGCUUUUCUUAUCUGUGUGGGCGACGAUUUCACACAGUCUUGUAGUAUCAUGGCCGCAGCCGCACAGAAAAUAUGCUAGCCGGCCGGUCAGUAGCAGCUACUGCCAGGCAGGAGUCAUUGCCUUCUGUCCAACAGGGAUGCAGCCAAACUACAUGCCGAAGUUUAAUGCUAAUGACACCCUGUAUGUGUAUGCCAUGAAAGCUCCAGUCUGGGAGUUCAAGUUUGGAUCUCUGCUCAAGUAUUUUAACAUUAUGCAUGAUGCCAUCGGAUUCUACCAUGUUCAGUCUGGGGUAAACAUGACCAUGGAAUGGUACGAGCUGUUCCAGUUGUUCAACUGUACUUUCCCACAUGAACCCCAGAACAACGACCUGCUGUGGUGUAACCAAGGUGCUGCUUGCAUUUAUAAGGGCAUUGACGACAAACACUGGACAGAGAAUGGGACAUUGGUGAAAGUUGCAGAAAUCACAGGACAGACUUUCAACCAGUUUGCUGAGUGGGUGGAGACAGACAACAACACAUUCCCUUAUUACGAGACCUGGACAGUCAUGGAAAAACCAGGAGGCCAGGUUUGGUUUGAUCCGUUUGACUGUGCUUCCUGGGUGUUGCGUGCUUUUGACACACUUGGGUCAGCUGGUGCAAAGUUCAACCAGUCUGUUCAACUCAACUACACAAAGAUUGUUCUCUACAGCAAAGAACCCAUCUACGUGGGCAACUCUAGCACGAUCUACAAUGACACGUCAACCCUGAGCGAUUUGUACCAGUUUUACACCUACUUUCAGGGCUCCAAAAGUUUUGCUCAGGUUCUGGAGAAUCUGCUCAAGUAUAUGGAGUGGUUCAUUGAGACCGAUACAUUCUACCUCUUCUACAAUGAUGAGUACUGGAAGCUUCAGCUCGUCUACCCGUUCAUAAAACUGACCUAUGAUGAAGUUCCUCUACCAGGUGCACUUAAUUCCAACAAGUUGAUAUAG